AAAAUAUAAAUAAAUAAAUAAAUGUUGAUAUAUCAAUGGCUCCACACCUCACAAACAUAGUUGAUAACCAUUGACAAAGUCCCCGUCCUCAAGUUCUCCUCCCAACUCUUCAAUGGCAUCCUCUUCACCAAUCCCUGCCCUCAAGGUCCUCAACCAAACUUCAAUCUCUCCUCCGGUUGGCACCAUCCCUGAGACCACCAUCCCUCUCAGCUUCUCCGACCUCAUGUGGCUCUACAUGGGCGCCGUUGAGCGUCUUUUCUUCUACUCCAUCCCAUCCAUCACCACCACUCAUUUCAUGGAACACCUUCUCCCAUCUCUCAAAUCCUCCCUCUCUCUCACUCUCCCCCACUUCUUCCCUCUCGCCGGAUACAUCAUCUACUCUCCCACCCCCACCCCCAACUUCCACUACCACUUCUCCACCACCAAUUCCAUUCCCUUCACCGUCGCCGAGUCUGACGAUGACUUCAAACACUUGACCGGAGAUGAUGCACGUUCAGUUCUAAGACUCCGUCCUUUGGUGCCACCUCUUCCACCACCCUCAGGUGAUGAAACAACGCCUCUAAUGGCUGUGCAAGUGACUGUGUUCCCCAACCAUGGAGUUUCCAUCGGCUUGACGAUAAAUCACGGUGCUUGUGACGGCACCAGCACGGCCAACUUCAUGAAGUCAUGGGCCGACACAUGCAAGUCUGGCUCUGCUGCUUCAUUCAUUACUCCUCUCUUCGACCGCAGUUUGUUCAUAUAUCCUAAAGAAUUCGAUUCCAUUUAUUUGAAUCUAGCGAUGAAGUUCAGAGAGCUAAUUUCCAAUAGCUCAAUUGCUAAUAGUAGUAAUAAAAGUACUAAUAAUGAAGCGAAGCAAGAUGAUUUAGUUAUCGGCUCGUUCUGGCUAAGCAAAGAUGAGAUAGAGAAACUCAAGCAAUGGGUUUCAGAAGAGAAGGAGGCAGUCCAUUGUUCAACGUUUGUAGUAGCAUGUGCUUACGUGUGGACUUGCCAAGUCCGGGCAAGAGGAUGGGAGACCAAUAGAAUUGCAUGGUUUGGCUUUCCGGUGAAUUUAAGAGGACGUCUCAGACCACCGGUGCCGGAGGAAUACUUUGGCAACUGCCUUGGAAUUUGUGUGACUAGCGCUGAGGUUGGUGAACUUGUUAAAGAGGAUGGUGUUAGUGUUGCAGCUGAGUUCAUAAGAAGAGCCAUUGAUGAGUUGAGAGAUGAUGCUUUGAGGUAUGUUAGUACUUGGCCCGAGAUUGGCCGGACUGUUGGGGACAAGCAGCCGUUGUCAGUGGCAGGGUCGCCGGGGUUUAGGGUUUAUGAUAGGGAUUUUGGGUGGGGGAGACCGGUGAAGGUGGAGGUGGUGUCCAUAGGGAGGAAUGGAGCUAUGUCUAUUAGUGAAGGAAGGGAUGGAGAAGGGAUAGGGAUUGGAUUGGCAGCUUCAAAGCAAGAGAUGGAUAAGUUUAGGCUUGAGUUUGCUAAAGGUCUUCAAGUACUUGAGAAUUUUAGUUAAGAAAAGUAUAUGAAAAGUACUAAUAAUAAUUAUUAUUAUGGUUUCCGUUAGAUUUUGAUUAUGUAGUCAGCAAGUGUCUAUUUUAGACAAUUUUAUUACAUGUAUUGUUAGGCCAUUUUGGCAAGAUAUAAAC